CUUUGAGCGGAAGUUGGAUCACUGAAGCGCCAAAAAAGAAUUUAGGGGAAGACCUGAUGUUCGCUUGAGGCAUUUUUGCGGCGCUGUGCGCUACAGACACCUUCUGGAAGCUGCGGUGGGGAAACUGAGUUUCCCGAGCCUUUGAGACAGAUGGGAUUCAGCACCGCGCGGGGACGACAGGAAAGCUGCGGCUGAAGAGAACUGCGGACUUGGCGGGAGUCGCCUGAGGAGCUAAGAUCCCGGAGAUUCUUAGCCCCGUGGUGCUUCUCUAGGGGAGGGAGAGAGGGAAAAUCCGGGCGGACAGAUCUGCGCGUAUCCUGGAGCCGGCCCAGGUGUGAACUAGGAGAGCUUUGGGACCUCUGUCCCUAGCAAGAGAGAUGAAUGGAGAGUAUAGAGGCAGAGGAUUUGGACGAGGAAGAUUUCAAAGCUGGAAAAGGGGAAGAGGUGGUGGGAACUUCUCAGGAAAAUGGAGAGAAAGAGAACACAGACCUGAUCUGAGUAAAACCACAGGAAAACAUACUUCUGAACAAACCCCACAGUUUUUGCUUUCAACAAAGACCCCACAGUCAAUGCAGUCAACAUUGGAUCGACUCAUACCAUAUAAAGGCUGGAAGCUUUAUUUCUCCGAAGUUUACAGCGAUAGCUCUCCUUUGAUUGAGAAGAUUCAAGCAUUUGAAAAAUUUUUCACAAGGCAUAUUGAUUUGUAUGACAAGGAUGAAAUAGAAAGAAAGGGAAGUAUUUUGGUGGAUUUUAAAGAACUGACAGAAGGUGGUGAAGUAACUAACUUGAUACCAGAUAUAGCAAAUGAACUAAGAGAUGCACCUGAGAAAACCUUGGCUUGCAUGGGUUUGGCAAUACAUCAGGUGUUAACUAAGGACCUUGAAAGGCAUGCAGCUGAGUUACAAGCCCAGGAAGGAUUGUCUAGUGAUGGAGAAACAAUGGUAAAUGUGCCACAUAUUCAUGCAAGGGUGUACAACUAUGAGCCUUUGACACAGCUCAAGAAUGUCCGAGCAAAUUACUAUGGAAAAUACAUUGCUCUAAGAGGGACAGUGGUUCGUGUCAGUAAUAUAAAACCUCUUUGCACCAAGAUGGCUUUUCGUUGUGCUGCAUGUGGAGAAGUUCAGAGUUUUCCUCUUCCAGAUGGAAAAUACAGUCUUCCCACAAAGUGUCCUGUGCCUGUGUGUCGAGGCAGGUCAUUUACUGCUCUCUGCAGCUCUCCUCUCACAGUUACAAUGGACUGGCAGUCAAUCAAAAUCCAGGAGUUGAUGUCUGAUGAUCAGAGAGAAGCAGGUCGGAUUCCACGAACAAUACAAUGUGGGCUUGUUCAUGAUCUCGUGGAUAGCUGUGUCCCGGGAGACACAGUGACUAUUACUGGAAUUGUCAAAGUCUCAAAUGCGGAAGAAGGUUCUCGAAAUAAGAAUGACAAGUGUAUGUUCCUUUUGUACAUUGAAGCAAAUUCUAUUAGUAAUAGCAAAGGACAGAAAACAAAGACUUCUGAGGACGGGUGUAAGCAUGGAAUGUUGAUGGAGUUCUCACUUAAAGACCUUUAUGCCGUCCAAGAGAUUCAAGCUGAAGAAAACCUGUUUAAACUCAUUGUCAACUCGCUUUGCCCUGUCAUUUUUGGUCAUGAACUUGUUAAAGCAGGUUUGGCAUUAGCACUCUUUGGAGGAAGCCAGAAAUACGCAGAUGACAAAAACAGAAUUCCAAUUCGAGGAGACCCACACAUCCUUGUUGUUGGAGAUCCAGGCCUAGGAAAAAGUCAGAUGCUACAGGCAGCAUGCAAUGUUGCCCCACGUGGCGUGUAUGUUUGUGGUAACACCACGACCACCUCUGGUCUGACGGUAACUCUUUCAAAAGAUAGUUCCUCUGGAGAUUUUGCUUUGGAAGCUGGUGCCCUGGUACUUGGUGAUCAAGGUAUUUGUGGAAUUGAUGAAUUUGAUAAGAUGGGGAAUCAACAUCAAGCCUUGUUGGAAGCCAUGGAGCAGCAAAGUAUUAGUCUUGCUAAGGCUGGUGUGGUUUGUAGCCUUCCUGCAAGAACUUCCAUUAUUGCUGCUGCAAAUCCAGUUGGAGGACAUUACAAUAAAGCCAAAACAGUUUCUGAGAAUUUAAAAAUGGGGAGUGCACUACUAUCCAGAUUUGAUUUGGUCUUUAUCCUGUUAGAUACUCCAAAUGAGCAUCAUGAUCACUUACUCUCUGAACAUGUGAUUGCAAUAAGAGCUGGAAAGCAGAGAACCGUUAGCAGUGCCACAGUAGCUCGUAUGAAUAGUCAAGAUUCAAAUACUUCGGUACUUGAAGUAGUUUCUGAGAAACCAUUAUCAGAAAGACUAAAGGUGGUUCCUGGAGAAACAAUAGAUCCCAUUCCCCACCAGCUAUUGAGAAAGUACAUUGGUUAUGCUCGGCAGUAUGUGUACCCAAGGCUAUCCACAGAAGCUGCUCAAGUUCUUCAAGAUUUUUACCUUGAGCUCCGGAAACAGAGCCAGAGGUUAAAUAGCUCACCAAUCACUACCAGGCAGCUGGAAUCUUUGAUUCGUCUGACAGAGGCACGAGCAAGGUUGGAAUUGAGAGAGGAAGCAACCAAAGAAGAUGCUGAGGAUAUAGUGGAAAUUAUGAAAUAUAGCAUGCUAGGAACUUACUCUGAUGAAUUUGGGAACCUAGAUUUUGAGCGAUCCCAGCAUGGUUCUGGAAUGAGCAACAGGUCAACAGCAAAAAGAUUUAUUUCUGCUCUCAACAACGUUGCUGAAAGAACUUAUAAUAAUAUAUUUCAAUUUCAUCAACUUCGGCAGAUUGCCAAAGAACUAAACAUUCAGGUUGCUGAUUUUGAAAACUUUAUUGGAUCACUAAAUGACCAGGGUUACCUCUUGAAAAAAGGCCCAAAAGUUUACCAGCUUCAAACUAUGUAAAAGGACUUCACCAAGUUAGGGCCUCCUGGGUUUAUUAGCAGAUUAAAGCCAUCUCAGUGAAGAUAUGUGCGCAUGCACAGACAGACACACAUACACACACACACACACACACACACUCAAAUAUUGUUCUCUGAAAAAUGAUGUCCCAAAAGUAUUAUAGGAAAAAAGCAUUAAAUAUAAUAAACUAAUUUAAGGAGUGAUAAAGUCUCCAGAUGCAGUAGCUCACACUGUAAUCACAGCGACUCAGGAGGCUGAGGUGAGAGGAUUGCUUGAGGCCAGGGUUCGAGAUCAACCUUGGGCAACCUAGCAAGACCCCAUUUCUUUAAAAAAAAAAAAAAAAUUUAAACUUAGCUGGGUGUGGUGGCACAUGCCUGUAGCCUCAGCUACUUGUGAGGCUGAGGCAGGAGGAUUAUCUGAGCCCAGGAGUUUGAGGUUACAGUGAGCCACAAUCACACCGUUCACUGCACUCCAGCCUGGGCAACAGAGUAACUUUUGACUCAAAAAAAUAAAAAAAAAUUGUAGUGGUAGCCAUGUGUUAGUUGUUAAAUAAAUUCUCCAAAAGGCUAAAAGUAAAUUACUUAUAAAUUUUUUAUAGUUAUAUUUUUGACCUGCCUUUUAUAUGUAUGAAUAUUUCAUAGUUUCGCAUAUCAAAUGUAGGCAUUCAGACAAAUACAUAAACCAAUGAACAUAUUACAUAUUCUAUGUUCCAAUAAAACUUUAUUUAUGGACACUAAAAUUUGAAUUUCAUAAAAUUUUCCCAUGUCAAGAAUACAAAAUACUCGAUUUUUGUUUUUAGCCAUUUAAUAAUAGGCCUCAUUUAUUCCACAGGCUGUAGUUUGUAGAGACUUGCCUGCAAACAAUAGAAACAGACUGAUUAAGCAGGAGGAGUUUUUUGAAAGAAUUUUGGUUAGCUCACAGAAUUACUAGAAGGCAGGUGAACCAGGAGGGUAAGCUCCCAGCAGCAAUUUGUAAAACCAUGCCUUAGAACUGGACUAAGGAAGAAGCUGCUGACACUCUACUGCCACACAGGGCGCUGGAAGAAAGUGCUACUGCCUCCAUGCCCCACCUUUGCCACUUCUGCAGCAGUAAUCGGUAGAAGAAUGCCCCCACCCACACCGGAACAGCAACAAAAGGAUUCCCCAUGAGGCGCCUCCCUAAGUUGCUGAAUUCAAAAAAGAAGUCGCAUACAAAGACAUCUGAUUGAAAAAGGGUAUGUUAUAUGCCCCUUUCAUAGGCUGCUAGGGAGUUUUCCUGGUUCUACUUUUGGGUGGUGGGAUCAAUAAGACCAGAAUUUCUCAUAUGUUGUGAGAGGAUUGAAAUGUUACAGGGUUGCCAGCCAAACUGUCAAUCACGUGUAAAUCCAACAAACACUUUGUAACAUACAAGAACUCAGGAAAUGUGAACCAUUGUUGGAGAAUCUACUAAAAUACAGCUUCCAGCAAACCAGAAGAUGAAUGGAAAAUGUAAAUAAAAAGAACUGGCAGUGUAUAUCAGAUGUUUAACUGUAGGACCAAAACUAAGAUGUGGAGACUAUUGCCAUAGACCACAGUGUAAAUUUUUUUUUUAAGUGAGGAAGGAAAAAUCAGGAAUCAAAAGAGGGGCCAGGCACAGUGGCUCACAUCUAUAAUCCCAGAGCUUUGAGAGUUCGAGGCAGGAGGAUCACUUGAAGCCAGUUUUGAGGCCAGCCUGUGCAACACAUUGAGACCCUAUCUCUACAAAAAAUAGAUUAGCUGGGCAUGGUGGUGCAUGCCUAUUGUCCUAGCUACUGUGGAGGCUGAAAAGUAGGAGGAUCACUUGAGCCCAAGAGUUUGAGGUUACAGUGAGCUAUGGUUAUACCACUGCACUCCAGCCUGGGCAAGAGAGCAAGACCUUGUCUCUUAAAAAAAAAGGAGAAAGUAGAUAGUAGUAUAAAUAUAGUGAAGUCUUUAAAAGCUAGGGGUUAAAAGAUAUUUAAAGCAAAUAACCCAGGUGUGAUGGCGCGCACCUGUAGUCCCAGCUACUAGGGAGGCUGAGGUAGGAGAAUCACUUGAACCCGGGAGGCAGAGGUUGCAGUGAGCCAAGAUCGUAUCACUGCACUCCAGCCUGGGCAACAGAGUGAGACACUUUCUCUAAACUAAAUAAGAGAUAUUUAAAGCUGAAAAAAAUAUAUUAGUAGAAUUUAAAACAUUUCACAAAAGUCAACACAUAAAUAAUAUCAACCAAAAUAAAGUGGUAGACACAAGAGGAAAUGUACUAAUUUAUUGUUCAAAGAGGAAAAUAAAUCUCAAAGGUUAAGGCUGUUAUAUAAAUUUAUUUUUAAAAAGACAUAAACCUACAUUUUCAGAAUGAAUUGUUCCAUGUUUCCUUAGAUUCUGUAUUUAGCAUCCAUUAAUCACAGGGCCAAACUAACAACAAAAGUUGUUUAGCUUCCCCUUACAAUCCAGCUUUUGUGGGUGUGCAGACAUCACAUUACAGUCCCUCCAACCACAAACCCCAACAUACAGUAUUUCACUUCCUGACCAAUAGGGGGUGUCCCCACACCUUUCAACCACUGUAGCAACAAAGCUCUGGCCUAGGCUUUUCACUUGCUUCUUUACUGCCUGACUGACUUUGGUGUUUCCCCAUGUGGCCUGGUGUGGCAUGGCAUGCCCUCUUGGGAGAUGAAAGUAAUCUUCCAUAGGUAAUUGUUUCUGUGUCACCACUGCUGAUUAAAACAAAUCCUAAGUACAAAUGUUAGAAACGUGCAAAGCAAAAAAACAUUACAUCAUGAAAGUUUCUUUUUCUCUCUUUUUUUUUUGAGACAGAGUUUUGCUUUUUGCUCAGGCUGGAGUACAGUGGUGCGAUCUCGGCUCACCGCAACCUCUGCCUCCUGGGUUCAAGCGUUUCUCCUGCCUCGGCCUCCCUAGUAGCUGGGAUUAUAGGCAUGUGCCACCAUGGCUAAUUUUGUAUUUUCAGUAGAGACGGGGUUUCUUCAUGUUGGUCAGGCUGGUCUCUGACUCCCGACCUCAGGUGAUCUGCCUGCCUCAGCCUCCCAAAAAGUGCGGGGAUUACAGGCGUGAGCCAUCAUGCCCGGCUGAAAGUUUCUUUUUUAAGGGAUGGUGGUCUUGCCAUGUUGUCCAGGAUGGACUUGAACUCCUCAGCUCAAGCAGUCCUCCCACCUCAGUCUCCUGAAUAGCUGAGACUACAGGCAUGCACCACUAUGCCUGGCUGCAAGAUGAAAAUUUAAGAGAUGGGGGUCUUGUUCUGUCGCCCAGGCUGGAGUGCAGUGACAUGAUCAAGCCUUGAUCUCCUGGGCUCAAGCAAUCCUCCCACCUCAGCCUCCUGAGUAGCUGGAACCACAGGAAUGCAACACCAUGCCCAGCUAAUUUUGAUUUUUAGUAGAGAUGAGGUCUUCCUUUGUUGCCCAAGCUGUUCUCAAACUCCAGGGCUUCCUGAGUAGCUGAGACUACAGGUGUGAGCCACCAUGCCCAGCCUUCUCUCUUUUCCAAUAUUGUGUUAAGGAAAUUGUAUUGGUGGUAAUCAACUUGUUCAUUUCAUUUUUAGGAUAGAGAUAUCAAGGUGAGAGUAUAACUGAACCAGAAGAGGAAUAAACACCACCCUGUGAUUGAUGGAUCUUUAUAGCUCCCCUUUGAUAAAGAAGGGAAAUAUCAUACUUACAUUAACAUGUUAUAGUUGCUGUUGUUAUACAGAAGAAUAUUAAACAAUAUUCGUAUAUUGUUUAUGAAUGCAUUGAAUGCAUAAACAAUGAUAUGGAUAUUGACUAGCCAAAGAGGUGGAUAAAUGUAGAUAGAAUGAUACGGGGAUUUGGAAUUCAGUGUCCAUUCUGUUUUCCUAGUGUGCCUUCCUAUAAUGCAGGGGCUGGAAGGUGAGAAAAUAACCACAUUUCCCAAAUUCCCUUUGCAGGUAGAUUUCCAGAUGUGAACUGGGUUCCACUGAUCAGAUAUCCAUGUGUGAGAUUUGGAAGGCAGAACUGAGGAGACAGCCAUCUUCCUCUUGCUUGUGUUCUGGUGGCAUGUGUGGUUGAGGAGACAUUUAAUUUCCCUGUAGCAGAAUUCUUGCAGUCAGUUGUUGAGGCAAGUGGGCAUGGUGGAUGCAACCCUGAUCUUCACCUUUCUCAUUAUUGUGGGGUAGCAGUGCCUCUGGCAAGCCAGACAGACCUGCAGUGUUUUUCUGGGAGUUAGUUCUGGAGACCCAGUACGGAACCCACUCCUAGUCCUUGUGACAAUAUUGUAAGCAUCCAGUUCCCUGUUUUACAGUCCUUUUAAAUGUGGCUAGCUACAGUGGUUUGUGUUUCCUACAACUAAUCACUCAUACAUCUGUAUCUAAAGCACUCCACCUGGGUCAUGUACUAUACUUAAAAUUAUAAGGCAAUAUUAAUUCACAAAACUACAUACUCGUUUUAUUUAACCCUCAGAAGAACUAAAAACAAAAGCUAUACCAGGCUUGCUCUAGAGUGUGGGCUUGGGAAUGGAAAGGCAGAGUGCACCUACUGAUUUCCAUCAUCAGUUUUUCUAUACCAUGGAGUUACUUACCAUGUGUAUAUAUAACACUGAUAAAAAUU